AGAUCGAGGUCGCUUGCAAAACCAAAAUGAGCAAGGAGUAAUAAAUUGUUGAUCUUGAGAGAGAUUUGAUCUUUGUUCACAUUUGCCUGUGAAGCAAAUGUUAAUUGGUUUCAAAAUGAGCAUUUGAUAGCAAAUAUUAUCAGAUAAAAUGACUGCGGAAGCAGGUUAUCAGUCAUCGUGGACACCCUAUCUACGAAAGUUUGUGGAUGUUUCAUUUAAUCCUGCUGCGGAUUAGAACGAAUCCAUUUGUAUUCGCGUGAUUAUACUGAAAUUAUUCAUACUUAGAAAUAAAAUUUGGAGAAUUAAAUGCGCUUAUAUAGGAAUAUCUACAUAUCCUAAUGGAUAGUCCAGAAAAGGAAGCAUCUUCAAACAUAGAAAGUAACAACCCGGUAUCAAGAAUGUCCCAGCAGCCAAGGGUUAGCUCUGGAAAAUCGAAUAGGAGCUUCAAGCACCUCGUAAGAAUCCUUGGACCAGCGCUGAAGGUUCACUUAGGGGUUACCAGAAAUAGAAAGAUUUGUUCUUCACAGGACAAAGGAUCUUCAAACCCAUCUGUGAUUGGUCAGUCAGUGAAUAUCAUGGGUUUGCACACUUCUGAGUAUGAGUUCUCUCAACUUGAGGAGAAGAUGGAUAUAAGCCAUUUGAACAAGCUGAUGACAAGAUUUGAAUUACAUUUUGAUGAAGAGCAAGCUACCAAUACAGGACAUGUGUUAUCAAGAGAUGCGUCUAGAUCACGUGCUCGCCAGAAGAAGACCUUUGGUAUGAUGGAUUUAGAACAGUUUAAAGUUACGCUGGCAGAGCUUUUGGGCAUACCAGCAUGGGAAAUUAGGGCUAUUUCAUCACUUAGUGAGCAAGCAGAACUUCUCUUCCGCAAAAUUGAUAGAAGUCACGAAGGACUCAUAAACUGGGACAAUUUCUGUACUUACAUCAUCAUGCGUUAUCAGGAGCAAGAUCUUUCUAGUUCGUCAAGAGAGAUUCCAUUCAUUGCUAAACCAAGAGUUAUCAAGUUCCCCAAUAUCAAGGAAACGAUUUCAAAAGUGAUGCUAGAUUACAAUCCUACGAGGUUUGUCACCAUCAGCAAGGAAGGUAUCAUCGGCAUUUGGAGCAUGAAUUUUGAGUUGAUGCGAUGCAUAGACAUCAGCUCUACAAUCGAAGAUGAAACUAUCUACGCAAGGAGGAGAACAAAGCUUUGGGUAACUGAUGCCAUCUGCAUGCCAAACGUAAACAAGCUGGCUGUUGCAUCAACAAACAGAGAUAUCAGUUUCUUUGACAUGUCUACUCCAACGUAUAAAGCAUUGUUUCAUUUAUGUGCACUGCCACAAGUUCCAAUGUGUUUAGAGUAUCAUUAUGAAAAAAGGAAUCUAUCUGGAAAAAGUAUGCUAUUAUAUGGCACGGACAGAGGAGAAAUUAAUAUCUUGAUUUUUCACAUGCCAAGGAAAGGACUGUUUGAGAAACCUUUUAAAAAGACUGAUACAGUUUGGCGCAUAUUUUUUACGGACUUAUCCCAGCAUGCCACUCUGGUAUCACACUCUGUUUUGCCGCACGUGCAUUCUGAUUGGAUUAGAAGAGUGACGUACUUGCCAGAAAAUGACAUGCUUAUCUCUUGCUCGAGCAGCAGCAAAGAAUCUUUGGUUUUCAGGAGUUUAGACGAACGGAAACGAAAAACUUACAUUUUUAAAGUGACAAAGGGAAUAGAUUGUUUCGACUUCUGCAAGGAAAAGACGAUUUUAGCAACGGGUGGAGUGGAUCACGUGGUUAGGCUUUGGGACCCUUACGUAACUUUUAAGCCUGUUGCAAUUCUCAAAGGACACCAAGCAUCUGUCAUUGACGUUGCAGUGCACCCAGGACUCAGUCAGGUUUUUAGCUACUCAAAAGAUGGCUGUCUAAAAUCGUGGGAUAUCAAAGAGCACUACUGUAUCCAAAGUAUCUCUAUUCGUCUUCCAUUUAAUUCAAAGAAUUUUGAACAUGGAUCGUACCCAUUCUUUCUAUUGCCAAAACCAUUCAACACUCUUUUAAUUUCUGUUGGUGAUUGUUUUGCUGAGCUCAAGCUUGGAGCCACACCGUAUAGCAAACAGCAAAAUGCGACUCAUGCUAGGCCACUUUGUUCUGCUCUUUACAACCCAGCGUACAAACAGGUUAUUACUGGUUCUGAAGGUUCUGAAAUAGUUGUUUGGGACAUAGAAACUGGCAAAAGAAUGCUACACUUAAAAGAAGUUCAUGAUGGUGAAGAAUUGUCUUGCAUGGCAUUAGAUGGUCUUGGAGAGAGAUUGAUAACUGGUGCUAGAGAUGGUACAACUAUGAUCUGGAAUCUCACAACAGGAUUGCUUGAAAAACAAGUUGAAGCUUACGAAGAAGCGGAAAUAACUGGUAUCAUUGCAUUUCCCGAGAGAGAGCAAAUUUUAACUGUUGGAUGGAGCAGAAAACUCCUAAUGUAUAGUGAUACAUUAGAGGGUGGGACUUCCACUGCUGAUCCAACUUGGUCGAAGCUUGAUUCACACACAGAUGACAUACUCUCUGCUUCAUACUACCCUCCAAAUUUAAUCGCGACGAGCAGCUUUGAUGGUGGUGUGUUUAUUUGGAGUCUUGAGAGAGAGAAAAUUUAUCGCAAACUGAAAGCUGGCAAAGAGAGUAUUCUGAAGAAGAAAAUCGAAGAUCUGGGCUUGGUUCGAAGCGAAGAGGCAGAGCCUGUGUACCCUGUAGAUAAUGUGUUAUUCCUCACUAAUCGCUCAUACCAAGAAAGUGCUGUGCUUGUUACCACAGAAGCUGGUAAAAUCGAAUUCUGGCCUGUUUUUGGCGUGACAAAACCAUCAGCAUCAUUUCAUGCUGCAAGCACCAAAGAGAGCACCAUUCUGUCUGUACACACUGACGCUCUAAACAACUAUCUGAUCAGUGGUGAUUCAAAAGGAGUUGUUGUGGUUUGGGACAUAAGUAGAUAUUGCAAUGUUAAAACAUUCAAGGAAGUAGUGGACCAGGUACUCAAUAGAAAGAAUGGAAACUUGAUACCGCAUACAAACAGAGAUCCUCCGUUCAAACAUGCAAAAUGGUCAGCUCAUUUUGGGGGAGUUGUCAGUGUCCAGUUUGUUGCUCAUGAAAGCGGUUCAUACGUAGUAUCAGGUUCAACUGACGGAUCUGUAAAGUUAUGGACACUAACUGGUGCUCUUGUUGGCAUGUUUGGCCAGCACAAUAGCUGGGACCUCUCGGAUCCAACAUCUUUUCUAUCACAACCAACCAAAUGCUUGAGAACCAGGUCAAAAAGAGACAUGGCACCUAAAUCAGCCGGGGAUAGUUUGACUGAGAAAAGAAAGCACAAAAGCUCAAAAGCAAAAGAAAAUGGCCUACCAAAAGCGUUUAAAAUUAUACCGGAGGACGAGAAGAGGCCCUAUUCCACACCAUCAAUGCCAGUGUCCAGAGGCAGGUCACCAGCUGAUUCAAAUGUUUCGGAAAAUGAAAGCAAGUCACUGUGGACCAACACAGAAUACUAUCGAUCCAGAACGAUGAUAGUAGAUGACGCAGCAAAUAGAAGCGACGUCUGGUCCAUUCUCGGGGAAAAUUAUAACGAAAGCUUUAGAAGAAGAAUGAACGACCGAAAGAGUAGGAGGAAUCACUUCAGUCAAGUGGAUGGGAAGUUAGUCAGCGAAGGGGCAGUUGGAGCCAAUGUUUGCUCGCCGUUUAAAGCAUUAUACACUCCGGAAACCAGUGACUUUCAGCUUCCACAAGGACUACCAGUGACUCCAAGGAUGAUGAACAGAGGUGUUGAUCCAUAUAAAACGACUUUUUUAGACCAAACUAAUAUAUCAGGGCCGUCUUCAGUCACUAAGUUCCACAUGGACGCUUUACCACCAAUCACAAAGAUCCAGAACCAAGGUAGUGGAUAGAUUUUGUAAAUCGAAAAUUUAAAACAUGCAUCACAAUCACCAAGCAACGCAUUCUUACUAAACAGUUUGUCUGGUAUUCCAGCUCAAAUCAGUUUCUGACGAAUAUCAGCCAUUUAUAGUGACCCCCUGUUGAUCAGCUUGCAAUUACGAUCAAACACAAAUGAUGCCUUACUCGAUCAACUCUGCUGCAGAAUGGUCAUCGAUAAAAAACUGGGGCACUGUCUGGUAAAUUUCAAACUUCUGUGUUGCAUGUGUGCAUGAUGAAGCAAGAGAACCAGACAAGAGGGACGAAGAAUGGGUGCAUGCUGCUAAUUCCUUUUCUUUUACUUCACCAUCGUAUUUUAUCCAUGUACCCUGGACUCAUAAACAAUGAACCCCCUUUGCCGUAAUUACAUGAACUAGAUGGUGAUAUUAGUUAUAGCUAUUUUUUGUUGGUACCCAGGCCACUUAUGUAGCUGAAUGAUUAUAAAAAGGCACGAUUUGUUUUAGUUAUCCAGAGAAGCAAAAAGGUCAAAACCCUAAACAAGUGAACUUUAAGAGCACAAGAGAACUUAUCACCUUUCCAAAAUUUCCCCCAAAUAUCCUCAUCUUCUGGGAUGAAGGUGAGUAUUUUCAGAGAUGACAGACAAAUGUUGCCAAAAGAAUUUUAUACAAUCACCAUCAGAAAAUUAAUGCUGAGGCAAAAAAUAUAAUAUUGUAAUUGCAGUAUCUUUUAUAAUCAAAAUGAUAUUUUUCGCUUACUUUCAAAGUGGUAGACGUAGAAUGUUUAUUGUUUUAAAUUAAAAGUAGAGACAAUAUUUUAUGGUAUUGAGGCAAUUAUUAUGUAAUCUUUUUGCUGAAUGCAUAGAAAAUGCAGGAAACCCUCUCACAAUCUUUACGAUGUUUUAUCAUUAGGGACCUUUUGGCAAAAUCUAUAUCUCUACUCUACCUAGAUAAGCCAAACACCGGGAAAAGUGUUUGCAUGCAGGUCAAAAAAUGACACGGACCUCUGCAAGCAUCACAAUCACAGCAGCAACAAAAAUGAAAAUGUUUAUAUCUUUGAAUGCAUUCCCAGAGAAGCAACGUGAGGACAAAUUGGACAGCUCUUUAUACAGAGCAGAUUGCACAUUUAGAGUUACCUGUUUUCUAUCAAAGUUUCUCUGCAAAUACAAGAAAUGAAGACAAUUUCUCACUAUCCUGUCAUUUCCAUCCUUUCCUUACUAUUUUGUCAUUACCAUCCUGCCAUUUCUAUCUUGUCAUUACUAUCCUGUCAUUACUAUAUUGUCAUUAAUUCUGCCAAAAGUAUCCUGUCAUUACAAUCUGGUCAUUGCUGCCCUGCCAUUACUAUCCUCUCGUUGCUAUCCUUUCAUCGUUAUCCUGUCAUUACUCACCUGUCAUUACUCUCCUGUCAUUAAAGGCUUCGAUUUUCUCAGAAUGUUCCCGAUUCUCCUUUUGAGCUCCACUUCAUUUAUAUGUCGUAAGACUUGUUGCUCAGUUAUUAGAGUUAUUUAAUAAAUCGAUUUUGCUUCUAUACACACGAUUUUGUCUUAAAUAAAGUUCGAUAUUGUUGAUAUUAAUGUAUGGCUGUUCUUAAAUUCGAUUUUUAAAUCUUCGUCACAAUUUCAUGAUGAACAUACUACGCAUAUUUAAAUAAACAAUUUUCAUGUAUUCUAACGUUGUAUUUAUUUAUGAAAUAUUUCCUUAAUUUGAUGUUUUCUUCAAUGUUUUGUGACUUUUUAUUCUUCUAAAAGCUUUUUUGGUUGUGCUUAAAAAAUACUGUUAGAAUCUAGAGAGCUUAAAAAAAGACAGUUAGAAAAACUGCAUGAUAUUGCCUCAUUCAUUUCAGUCUUCGAUACCAAUACCCAACGAGUUGAGUAUUCGUUAAACCACUCUUGCAGCCCCCCCUCCCCUACCAUCUUGUGCAGUUCUCCAAACCUUAUGGUUCUACAUGAAAAUGCCCACAAUAAAUGCAACUUCAGUAUUAAAUAAGCAUAAAUUGUUUCUACCUUUUCAGAUAGUGUUGAAUUUCAGCAGUUUUUUCAUCGGCUUUUGAACUUGGCUGACCUUUGAACUUCACUUUUACCCUUAGCAAAAAUACGCAUUUAGUGUACCCUUGGGAACUGUAGCUAUAGAUUGAGUCAGUGUAUUCCUUUGGGAAAUAGAAGCUAUGUUGUCGAGUCCAAUGAAGCGGACGAUGGCUUUGUAUUUUCCAGGCUGUGUUUGGGCCUAGCCGAGGCAUCCGAAAACAAACGUUUAGCUUCCAUGACAUAUUUGCAGUAAGUUAUCUCCUCUUUCAACAACUUUGCAGUAAUGCAUUGCUGAUUUGUUUACUUGAGUUUAUUUUCGAGUUUAUUUUCGAUCAAUGCAUUUCUAUUUGGUGCAUAUUUGCAGCUAUAAUUCGUAGUAAUAUCCGCAUUGUGUAGUUUGCUCGCUUUCGUUGCAAGCAUUAAACUUGUUUGUACUUCGUAGCUGCCUUCAUACUGCAAUUAUUGGUAAGAUUAACAUCCGACCAAGUUUAACCCUAAUGUUUUUCAGUUUAGGAUAAAAAUCCGUCGACCUAUCAAAUUUUCUAAUGAUAUAGGUUUACGUAAUUUGGAAGCGUGGCCAACAUUUAUGUCUAAAUUUGUAAUAUAGCCUUUAAGCCUCUGGAUUGUCGAUAAAGUGAAGUUAAUUUCAAACUUGUUUUGCAACAAAAAGUGACCUUCAAAACUUACGAUUAAUUUUUUUUGAAAAAUUUCUACUCACAUUUAUGCUAAAUUUGCGAUUAGAACUCGUGCCAUGCUCUUAGCCUGCUGACUAACUGUUAUUUUCUU